CACAGAUGUGUUUUUUUCAGUUUUUUGCUGUUUAAAAUUUCUCCAUUUUUUUUUUCAAUAAUAAUUCUAAAAGAAUAAAAUAAGUGUUCAUAUUCAUCCAGCAUAAAAAUGAUUAUUUUUCUUAGUGAAUUACAGAAAGAACAUCUCAAUUUACUACACAACCACUCUACUCAAGUGUUAGUCGACUUUUGUAAAUUGUCAAUUGAUUACUUGAAUAAUGGAAUUAAUCUCAAGAAGUACAGUGUUGCUGCAGAAAAAUUGGAUGUACCAGUUACUACAAUACAAAAUUUGAUUUAUGCACUUACAUAUCUGUUGGUAGAGGCAUGUAAACAUAAUUUAUCGGACCCAGACUUCAAAUCCUCAAUAGCAAUAGCUGGAUUUUCUUCUGAGCAUCAAGAGGUCCUAGUCAAAUUAUAUGCAACUAAAAAAGCAGAACUUUCCAGUGCUUUAAAUUUAUUACAACAAAAAGAGCCAACUUAUCAAGACCUUACUUGGCGGUUUGAAAUCCAGGUAGCCAGUCAGAAAAGCUUAGAAGAAGUAAAGCCUACAGUUGCAAUGGACUUUGUGCUUAUGACACCAAAAAUAUUUGCACAAAAUAAGGACAGUAAAGGAAAUAGUACUGAACCAGUGUACAAAAACCUUUCUCCGACUCAUGUAAACUUGCCCAUUCAAGAUGCCAAAGCUGCUAGCCAGUGUCAAAAUGUAAUUAAUCACAUACUCCUCCAAUGUGAUUUACCUAACUUGAUGCACAUGACAAAUAAAUUAGACCAAGCAUUGAAAGAAUCAAAAAGCCAACAUAUACGCAAAGUACAGAGGGCAUUAUAGACAAUGAAGAGGAAUAUUGCUUCAGUUAAGUGACUUGUGCCAUCGCUGUUUUGAAGACUAUGUAAGUAAGGAUACAUUCCAUGUAUUUUGCAUAUAAUUUAAUUAUUUUAAGUGAUUAUUAUUGA